AAAUAAAUUCAAUCCAAAUGUCAAUACCACACACUGCACUAGCACUGCCCACUCUCAACAAAAUGGUGGCUGAGUAGUGAAGAGAACACGGAAGAGUCCCCGCUUUAGUAGCACAUUUACGGGGUAUUUACCUGCUUUUUUGCUGGCCUUUUUCCUCUACGAUAUCCCCUUGUGGUAGUGUAUGUCUUGAUGGUGAAAAAUAAGGUUCUAUUUGACGUUUCUUUGUGAUUUAAUCGCGUUCAAAAGAGCCCUUGGGAAUGAUGAGAUAGAGAUGUCAGCCACCAUGUCAACCAGAAUCGGUGGCAGCGCUGGUAGUGGGGUCACCACUGGCAGUGUCAACCCUGAGAAGAGAUCUUCCGUUGCCAGGGAGAUGCAUGUAGCUACCACUCCAGGCGCCAAAGUCAGUAAGUUACGCCACCUGUUUGAAGCCCCAGCCCAAGAUGUCAAACCCCCGUACAGGUCCAAGAUCAACACAGCAAAUGGUGUGGCCCUUCCACCUCAGCAAUCUACAACAACUACACAGCAUUCCAGUAGACAACGUCCAUCCAGCCAGGAGUUCAACCUGAAUGUAUUAGCACACGAGCAGCAGAACGAGGACCAAUAUGAGGAUCAGGUGUCAGACAAUAAAGGUGAUCCCAGGUUGCGUUUUAAGAAUGCAAGGAUGCUCUUUGAAGCCACCAAUCGAGCUACAAGUCCACCUACAGCAAGGAAGAGCACCUCCACUACAGCUAAGCAGCCUCUGAGCCCGCCAACUAGUCCUCAUGUCAACAAGAAACGCUACAGCAGGAAUACUUCCACAGAUAGCACAGGUACUUGUAGCUCUGGCGAGAAUGAAUCUCCGAAGAGAACUCUUGCCGGACGGCCAUCUCCAGUUGAUGUUCCAGAGAAACCUUCACGCCGUUUUGAUGCCAAGGUAUCUGAUAGUACUAGCACGCGCAACGCUGGCCCCAUAUCUAAAGUAGUCCAGGAUUUUUACUCUCCAAUCCAGUCAGCCAGCACAGAUCCAGUUCACAAACCACAACCUGCAGAAAGGACCAAACCUUCGCCUCCAACGUCACCAAGAUCGACAAAACCACUUCAAGGCAUCAGCAUAGAGAAUGGAGGAAUGGCGAGGCCCACUGAAGAUCUCAGGGAACCAGCUGCUAUGCGUCGCGCUCGUAUGCGAUCACGGUCACCUGAAGAGGAGAAGAAACGAAGAAGCCUGGAUGAUCCUGUGCCUUUUGUCCGGAGGGAAACAAGUCCCACAGAUAUCCAUCAUGUUCAGGCCCCCAAGACCAAGAUGGCUGUUUCUGCAUCCACCCUUAUAGCCUUGAACCAGCCUGACAUCAAUUUACAUGAGAAACUUGGUCUUGAUAUUGAAGGAGGAGCCUACAUUGAGAAUAGGAAGUCACCUGUCUCUCCAACUUCUCCUAUAGCCAAGAAGCCUGUAGUGUUGCGUUCGGCUGGUCCCUCUCACAAACUCCGAGCAGGCAUUCGUCGCUACUCCCGAGAAUAUGAAGAUGAGGAUAGCGAAGAGAUGUCUUCUGAGUACAGCACUCAGGCUUCUGCCUCUGAUACCACUGUUGAAGAGCGUGAGAUCACUGUGUCGGCUGCAAAAGCUGAGGAGACCGAAGCGAGCCCCACGUGGGAUUCGAGCAUCGUGUCAACUCGGACUGAUGCCCCUGGUAGAGGCCCCCUUACAGGGGAAUCCCAGGUCAAGGCAAGCCACCAGACUUUCAGAGAUGCUUCCCCAACAUUCCAUUCACCAACAGGCCAUGUGGAUGAACCAGGCCUGACCGCAUCCCACUAUGCAACCACUGAGCAGAGUCCUCAGAAUGAGGAAAUCAGGAGCAAGGUCUUGGAUAAAUUGGAGAUUGCCAUGCAGACCAAAGAGACGGCGAUAACCAAUGAUGAGGAGGAGGAGGAGGAGGAGGAGGAAGAUGAGGACUCGGAGCCAGAGAUGGAGGAGCAGGAGAUGGAUACCAAAGAACUUGAGCUGCAGUUGAGUCAGGAGGCUCGGAAUAUAAUCAGUGGCAGGGGAAGGUCUGCUUUCAUUGAGAUUAUUGACUCGGCACAAGAAGAUGAAGAUGAGGAUCAAGAGACAGCUGAGGAAAUUGCAGAACAGAGGCACAUCGCUGAGCUGUCUGCCCUCUCAGACACAGAUGACGAAGACGUUAUACAUAGGAAGAAGAGAAAACUCACAUUUAGCAAGGCACCCAUCAGGGUAUGUAUCAAUGUUGUCAAUUUCCCCAAUCACAACAAGCAGGAAACAGGUGAUUUAUCUUAUUUGCCUGAAUGUGCCCAUUUUGGGAAGAUGAGGAUCAAUCAAGAACAAAAUCCCCACAAGGAAAAAUAAAAAAUUAAAUCUGCA